UCGCAAUAUUUUCCACGUUAGAUUUUGACUUUACAAAAUGGCGAUCGCCAGUAAAAAGAUUCGCUGGAUCAAAACUCUUUCUGAGUUUUUGCUCGCUAAGUUUCCAUUCAUUAAUGCACUGACGUUACUUAUGCUACUGGCCGAAAGAUCUCCGAAAGAGAGCUUUCCACCAAUAAAUCCUCACAUAAUCUACAUAAAUCUGGGUAUAUGUGUUGUUUGUGGUGUGUUGAUGUCCAUUCGACUACAGGCUAACAAAGCUGUUCUCAUUUACGCAGGCCAACUGCUUUACUUUGCAUACACUUUCUAUUCCAAUGCUAAACUCAACUAUGGAGAAUGGCACAGGAUUCACAUUGCUACAAGACAUGUCGGUUGUGCUGGAAUAUAUAUCAUGUUUGCUAGUUUCCUUGACAACCAGAAAUCUGUGGCAAGCAGGAACCAGUUGCAGAGAAUAGGGGAGAUACUUUUAGGAAUAUAUUUCUUUGCGUACAUGUAUACGCUGAAUAAUAGUCCAGACUAUAGAAGGGCAUUCAUGGACCAUGUUCCUGGUGAAGAUUGGAGUAGAUAUUUUGCAACUGUAGCGUUGGCUGGAUGUGCGUUGAGUUUUAUUUCCGGACAUUUUGUUCGAGAUGUUUGUUUAUUUUCAAGUUUUGUUGUUAUUUUUAUGACAUUGGUAGUGGACGGAGAUUUAUUUUACUGGACAAAUCGUGGCGUCCAUUAUUGGAAUCAGAUACGAAUGACAUUGGAUAAUAUUUGCGCUGUCGUAGGUUUUGUUUAUUUUUCCAUUCGACUAGAAAAUAGAAUUAAAGUCGAGUAAUGUCCAUUUUGGGGUUUUUUUUGUUGACAUUUGCACUUUUAACUUCAUAUGAAGUGAAACAUGAAAUUUUUAAGCUAUUAGGUGAGCUUUAGAACAUAAGGUCUGUCAUUGAGUCAAUUGGAAUGGUUUAGUCGACUGCCGUGGUUUCGAUUUUCCAGUCGUACUAGUACCACCUGUCCAACCCCAUGGGUUUUCUCCAGGUCCUCUGAUUUCUCCCCCACUGCUGAAGACCUCUACGUCCAAGCAAAUUAUUGAAAUAAAAUUGAACCAUGUUAGUCCUGAAAUGACCUAGUUUGUGUUGAGGAAGUUAGACACACCUCUCUCUCUUUCUCUCUCUCAGAAAUUACCUGAUUUGUGUCAAGUGGAUGUUAAAUUCCAGUUUUUAUUCCCCAAAUAAUGGUAACGAGAAUUGUUAGCUCAUUAAUCACUGUCAAGUGGCGUGGUUGCGAUUCCCUGAUUGUAAGUGACAAAGAGUAGGGUCCUCUGUCUAACCUUGUGGGGUUUCUUCAGGUCCUCCGAUUACCUCACACUGCUAAAGACCCCUAUACACAAGCGAAUAUAUUCCAAUACAUUAAAAAUUGGGUUAUAACCAAAUUAAACAAUAAAUUGAGGAUAUGAUACCCCUCCAAUAAUAUGGCAGACGAUAAUUUCAUGUUUUACAUUAACCAAGAAAAAUACCUUUCCUUGUUUUUAUAUUUAUAUUUAUUUUCUUUUACCUCCCCACCUUGUUCAAUAUUAUGAUUAAUUAAUUCAAUGAUGUUUUUUCUUGUUAUAUUUUCAUGAUAUAUCUGUUACUUUUGUUUUCUUAAAUUUCCUUCAAGUGUAUUUAAUACCAAUAUGUAAAUUCAUUCUGUACAUUUAAUGCUGAUGUGGCAUAUUUAUUGUUUAAUUGUACUGGGAUAAAUGUCAUUAUUGUAAAAACAGUGCCACUUAUAAUAUUUAUGUCAUGUAUUCAAUCAUGUGUUACUUAAUUACCGCACGUACAGGAAGUAACUCCAGAAAUGUGUUGUAGUCUCAAUUGGCCAGUUAACAACCCUUAUAAAUAUAACUGACAAUCAUAAAUAUUACUGGAUAAUUAUACAAUCUUAUAAACAACAUGAUGAAAUAAUGUACUGCCUUGAACUAUGUCUAUGAGAAGUCAUUUAGCUCAGGAGCAAAAAUUUAAACCUCCCUCUCGCAUCAGAUUUUUGUUAAGGAUUGUCUUGAGAAACUGAGUUUUUUUGUAUAGCCUAGAACAACCAAGAAAGAUCAACUUAAACAUCGGAUAUUAAUUAUACAGUUUAUAGUCUCCUAUAUAUGUAAAGGAAAAUAUAUCUUCAAAAUUUUCCACAUCAGUUUUAUUUAUAUUCUUUUUCUCUCAUUGGCAUAAUUUCAUCCCUUUUUUGUUACAUUCUACCCACAAUCAGUGUAUCCCUGUAAUUUUAUACAGAGUUAUUGCCCUUGUUUUUAUGGAUAUUUUUUUUUCUUUCAUUAAUUAUGUAUGAAUGUGAAGCCUGUUGAAAGUUGAUCUUGUCUGGUCAAAAUAGCACUAAAUUUGUAUCAAGUAUCAAUGGUCAUUUUGAGGAUCUUGUGUACAUGUAUGUCAUUGUGUGGAACUGUAUAUGGAAACAGCCAGGAGCUCCAGUUACCAUAGAAACAAUGGCUACUAUUUUGUCCAGACUAAUAUUUGUUGUAGUUGAAGCAGACUAUCUGGUUCGGAAUGACCGAGACUACAUGUACUUGCGAUUUAUUGUUGAUUUAUUUAAACACUUUAAAUGAUUAAAAACCUUUCUUGCCUUA